CCAUACAAUUUUAUAAAUAGUCGGAUUUUUGCGAACUAUUUUCUACAUGCGUUAUUGCCGGAAGUGGAGUAAGAAGGCAUUAAACCAUGUGGAGUAGCUGAUGUAAACAUGGGGAAAAGAAAGCAUGGAUUUAAUUGGAAAGCACGACAACAGAAGGAAACUAAUGUUGACAGGUCUGCAGAAAAGAAGAUAAAAUUAGAUAUUGAGGAUAAAGAAAAAUCUGGAUUUGAUGACAGCAAUGCUCUUGUUUUACCAUCAGAGAAGAGGUCUGCAAAACUAAAACAAGAAACAGAUGGACCAACUGUCAAAAAGCUAAGCAAAAAAGAAAGGAAAAGAUUGCAGAAAAUUAUUGAACAGAAGGAGAAAAAAAAUAAGAGAGCGUCAUUAUUAGAAUCAUUGUCAGCUGUGCAAGCAACUUCAGAGGAAUUAAAGCAUCUUGCUAGUAUUGCAGAAGUUCAAACAGGAAAGUUUAAAAAAAAAUUAUUAUCAAAAACUGAUGAUGAUGAAAGGCCGAGGAAUGCAGUUGCGGGAAGUAACAAAAAGAAACAUAGUAUGGAAAGUGAUGAUGGUGACAUAAGUGAGGACUCAGACAGUUCAAUUCACACUUCUGACAUGUCCUCAGAUGAAGAGGAAGAAAAGGAAGUGGUACAAGAAGAGGACAAGCACACUGGUUCAAAGACCCUCGAAGAAGAGGAAGAUAUAAAAUCUAAAAAAUCAGAGACAGAUAGCGGCUGUGAUGAGAAGAUGUCAGAGGACUCAGAAACAAUUAAAAGUGGGGAUAUUUCCGUAAAAACAGCAGAGAAGAAAGUCAUGGAGCAUAACCCUGUUUUGAAUAUUCCUGUUAACAGAAAAGCAGAUGUACAGGAAGCAAGAUUAAAGCUGCCUAUUUUAGCAGAGGAACAAAUUAUUAUGGAAACUAUAAAUGAGAACAGUGUGACAAUCAUUUGUGGAGAAACAGGUUCCGGGAAAACAACCCAAGUGCCGCAGUUCUUGUAUGAAGCUGGAUAUGCCCAAGGUGAUGGCAUCAUUGCAGUGACAGAGCCAAGGAGAGUAGCAGCCAUCAGUAUGUCCUAUAGAGUGGCCGCAGAGAUGAACCUCAGCAGUCGGGAGGUAUCAUAUCAGAUAAGAUAUGAAGGAAAUGUGACAGAAAAUACCAAGAUCAAAUUCAUGACUGAUGGAGUUUUGUUAAAGGAAGUACAAAAGGAUUUUCUUCUGACAAAGUACAGUGUUGUAAUUAUUGAUGAGGCCCACGAGAGGAGUGUAUACACAGACAUAUUGAUUGGUCUCCUCUCACGGAUUGUCCCCCUUAGACACAAGAAAGGGAAUCCCCUGAAGCUGAUCAUUAUGUCAGCCACACUGAGGGUAGAAGACUUCACAGAAAAUCGAAGACUGUUUAAAAUAGUGCCUCCUGUGGUCAAAGUGGACUCGCGUCAAUUUCCUGUCACCAUCCAUUUCAAUAAAAGAACUCCUAUGGAAGGCUUCCUUAAUGAGGCAUACAAAAAGGUUUGCAAAAUACACAGAAUGCUGCCAAGUGGAGGAAUCUUGGUAUUUGUCACGGGACAACAAGAAGUGUACACGCUGUGUAAAAAACUCAAGAACACAUUUCCUGAUAAUCGCGGACAAAAAGAACACCCUAAAGAAAAAACUAAGAAAGGCAGAAGAAGGAAAUCUGACAAGAAGAAAGACGAUGUGAUGCCUUCAAUUAAUCUGGACAAUUACUCUGUGGAUCCCAUUGACGAGGAAGAGGAAAGAGAGGCUGGAGAGGACUCGGACUUUGAACUGUUAGAUGAUAUAGACCUGGAUGACAGUGUACAAAUGAGUUCUGAUGAGGAGGGCCAGAGUAAACAAGUGUGUACAGAGCCAUUGUAUGUGCUGCCAUUAUUUUCUCUGUUGUCCACAGAGAAACAAGCCAAGGUUUUUGUUCCUCCGCCUGAGGGGUGCAGACUGUGUGUGGUAGCGACCAAUGUGGCAGAGACAUCACUCACCAUUCCUAACAUCAAGUAUGUGGUGGACACUGGCAAGGUGAAGACAAAAUUUUACGAUAAAGUUACAGGUGUAUCGACAUUUAAGAUUGUUUGGACAUCCAAGGCAGCAGCCAAUCAGAGGGCUGGAAGAGCUGGGCGUGUCGCUCCUGGUCAUUGUUACAGGUUGUACUCUUCUGCUGUAUUCAACGAAGACUUUGAAAAGUUUUCCCCUGCAGAAAUAACAAGAAGACCUGUGGAUGAUUUGAUUCUGCAGAUGAAGGAUAUGAACAUUGAGAAAGUUGUCAACUUCCCAUAUCCUACACCUCCUGAUAUUGAACAAAUUAAGGCUGCAGAAAACUUGUUGAUAUCACUUGGUGCUCUAGCUGUGGAACAAGUACCAAGGCCGUUGUCACGGCGAGGCAGACGGAAGCCCCCUGAUGUAGUCAGUCGUAUAACCCCCCUAGGACGAGCCAUGGCCUGUUUUCCUGUUUCCCCCCGCUAUGCCAAGAUGCUGUCCUUGGGUCACCAGCAGGGACUAUUGCCCUAUGUUGUUGCUGUCGUGGCAGCUCUCUCUGUACAGGAAGUGUUUGUUGAAUUCCACAAAUCCUCUGAAGAUAAGGCCGAGUUUCAAGAGAAACUGAAAUACAUGACACAGAUCAAAAGAAUGUGGGCUGGCUCUGGCCAUUCUCUCCUGCUGGGCGAUUUGAUGGUCUUGCUGAAAGCAGUAGGUGCCUGUGAAUACCAAGGGGCCUCACCUGAGUUCUGUGAGAAACAUGGAAUCAGGUACAAGGCCAUGAAGGAGAUCAGAAAGUUACGAGCCCAGUUAACCAAUGCAGUGAAUACAGUCAUUGAUAAUGCCAACUUGUGUGUGGACCCUAAACUUGACCCCCCAAAUGAUCUGCAAGCUAAGCUCCUGAGGCAGAUUGUUCUAGCUGGCCUAGCAGAUCAUGUAGCAAAGAAAUGUCCAGACCCAGCACCUAAUGCUGAUGAAGAGGCCAAGAAAUUGAAGCAUGCUUACUUUUGUACGGAGCUUGAGGAGCCUGUGUUUAUCCAUCCCCUAUCUGUGCUGUACAAGCAGAAGCCGGAAUACAUAGUGUAUCAGUACAUACAAGAAACCUCCAAAGUCUAUAUGAAAGGGAUCAGUGCAAUAGAGCCCGAAUGGUUGCCAGUCUUUGCGCCAUACCACUGUACAUUUUCAAAACCAUUAGAGAGCCCAGAGCCCUCGUACAGUAGCAGCAAGGGUCAGGUGGUGUGUCACAUGACUUGCACAUUUAGCAGAUGUUCAUGGCCAGUCCCACCAGUAGAGCUCGAGUAUCCAGAAGGCUUAGACAGAUACAGAUGGUUCGCUCGUUUCUUGCUGGAGGGAAAAGUAGUGCCAAAAUUGAAACAAUUUGGAGAUGAUCUCCUAUCCACUCCUGUCACAAUGAUCAAGUCAUGGGCCAAAUUACAGCCUAGGACUGAGGUUCUUUUGAAAGCUUUAGUCUCCAAGGGUGUGGACAACAGAGAUUCUUUGUUAAAAGCAUGGAGAACAGAUCCAACAUAUCUGCUUUCUGAAUAUUCACAGUGGCUACCAUUGUCAAAACAUGGUGACUUGAAAGACUGUUGGCCUCCUGCUACGUGAUAUCUGGGGCCUUCUGUUGAUUAUUACACCGAGAGGCUUCAUUGUUUAUGUGCAAGUGUAGGUUGUGUGGUUGGAUACAUUGUUAAAGAGUCAUACAAUUGCUGUUAUUACUGGUAUUUGAAAUAAAACUACCAAAUUUU